AUGGAAACGACAACAUAUCCAAGAGAGCACGAAUUGCUCAAGGAACUUCAAGAAGCUACAAUCCAAAGAUAUGGCAAUUUGUAAGUCUCUCAACUGUGAUUAAGAUAUAAUUUUCUUAUAAACCUAUGCAAAAGCGAGAUGGGAGUUCCGGUUGAUGAAAGUCAAUUUCUAUCGAUGCUUGUAAACAUCAUCAACGCGAAAAACACUAUUGAGAUCGGUGUGUUCACUGGUUACUCGCUUUUCACAGUAGCUCUUGCUUUACCUGAAGAUGGCCGUAUUACUGCGAUAGACAUUGACCAAGCAGGUUACAAUUUGGGACUAAAGUACAUGAAUGUUGAUCACAAGAUCGAUUUCAUCCAACUAUUAGAGGAGAAACAAGAGUAUGAGUUUGCAUUUGUGGAUGCUGACAAGACGAACUACAUUUACUUCCAUGAGAAACUGCUUAAGUUAGUGAAGGUUGGACGAAUCAUUGCGUUCGACAACACCUUAUGGUUUGGUACUCUAAUUCAGAAGGAAGAUGAAGUUCCAGGUCAUAUGAGGGCAUACAGAGAGGCACUUCUAGAGUUCAAUAAGAUUUUGGCACAAGAUCCUCGAGUCGAAGUGGCUCAAAUACCUAUCGGAGAUGGUCUUACACUAUGUAGACGUAUUAUCUGA